AUGGAUCAGAUGGAGCUGGGGGGCAUGAGCAGUGGCUGUGAAGAUGAGAACUGUGGCCUAACGUUGAGUUUUCCAGAGCACUGCCCGACCCAAGACUAUGAUUGUGAGGAACCAAUGUUUGGAUUGACAGAGUUAGUUUGUGUGACGGUCAUUUACAUUCCUGUGAUGAUUUUGGGUCUUCUGGGUAAUGUGCUAACAAUCCUUGUGGUCUGGCUGCGUCCACACAUGAGAAGUUCUACCUACUUGUACCUGAGUAGCAUGGCUGUCAGUGAUUUGAUGAUACUACUACUCCUGCCUUUGGAUCUCUACAAGCUAUGGAGGCCCCGACCCUGGCCCUUAGGAGACUUCGCCUGUAAGAUGACCAUGUUUCUCUCUGAGUGCUGCACCUUCUGCACCAUCCUCCACAUCACCUUCCUCUCUCUGGAAAGGUAUGUGGCCGUCUGCUGGCCAAUCACGGCCAAGACACUGGUGACACGCCGCAGAACCAGGGCUCUUAUUGGCUGCCUUUGGCUGGGCGCAGCGAUCAGUGCAGCACCCGUGUUGGUGAUGGUUGGUGUAGAGGAAGUUGGGGAAGUACAUCCCAGCAUCGAUGGCUGGAGAGAGAAUGAAGGGUGGACGGGAGAGAAUAGCGGUCGCAUGACUUCGCUUGAUGACGAAUUAGAUGUACAGAAGUGGGAAGAAAGAGAGAGACGCUUUGAAAGAGCUGGACAAUGGAAUUGGCUGGACGAUGGACCAAUGGGAGCAAUAGGUGAGAAACAACAUGGAGGUGCAGUUAUAAAUAAAAAACAGGUCAAGAAAUCCGAUGAAGAGCAACAAAACCUUUUGAAAGAAGAUGAAGGAGGAGGAUGGCAGACAAAUGUUGAUGAGAAACACAAGUUGGAGAUUGACCGGCGGGAGUGUCGCUGCACCGACUAUGCCAUUUCCUCUGGCCUACUGCCUGCCAUGAUGAUUCUGUCCAACCUGUAUUUCCUGAUUCCAGUCUGCAUCCUCGGACUGGUCUACGGUCUGAUCGGAAGGACCCUUUGGCUGCGCCCCCAGAGCAGUCGCAGAAACCAAAGCCACAAACAUACUGUCAAAAUGCUGGGAGUGAUCGUGUUGGCGUUUGUCCUGUGCUGGCUGCCUUUCCACAUCGGUCGGACUAUAUUCUUUUUCUCUCUGGACACCGGUACUGACCUUUUGUACUAUCUGUCGCAGUAUUUCAACCUGGGUUCCUCCGUCCUCUUCUACCUCAGCGCCGCGGUCAACCCGUUACUGUACAACGUGAUGUCAGCCAGAUACAGACACGCUGUACAAAGUCUCAUACGCUCGCAACCACACGCCCAAGGCUUGCGCACACUUGAGACACAGCGCACCACCAUACAUUUGUAA